ACCUGGCUCUGUCCUUCUGUGACCCCCUACGGCGUUACUGUGAUCGCAGUGCUAUGGAAGCCCAAAGCCAUCAGCCCAUUGCCUUUCAAGGUAAAGACAGAAAAAUGAAAGAAAAUGUCUUUCUGCUUAUACAUUUCUUUGUGUACCCCGCCCGGUCAUGUGUCUCGCCCUCUUUCAGACCUCACAGAUGGUGGCUCAUCGUGUUGAGGUGAGUGGGGAGGAUUCUCACACUGUCCCCAACGUGGAGGCCAUCCUGGAGGACUUCAGGGUCAUGGGCCUGGUCAAGUCAGUGGAGGCAAGGACCGGUGAAUGGGUGGUGUGGACUGAGCACGUGCGCAAACCCACACGCUCGCACACAGAAACACGUACGAUGUUUGGUUGUGGUGCGGUGGCUCAGCUGGUACUUAGUGGAGGAUCUCAUGGCAUGUUCCUAACUGUCAACUUUGCUUUCGGCUUUGCUGCCACCCUAGGGAUCCUGGUCUGUGGCCAAGUAUCAGGAGGCCAUCUCAAUCCAGCAGUAACCUUUGCCCUCUGCCUGCUUGGGAGAGAUCGCUGGAGAAAGUUCCCAGUCUACUUCUUCUUCCAGACACUGGGAGCUUUCCUGGGCUCCGGGAUCAUCUUUGGUCUGUACUAUGACGCUCUGUUGAACUAUGCUGGAGAACUCAUUGUUACCGGACCCAACGCCACCGCUGGCAUCUUCGCCACCUACCCUGGCAAACAUCUCACAUUGGUCAACGGCUUCUUCGACCAGACGAUUGGCACUGCCGCAUUGAUCGUGUGUAUCCUGGCCAUCGUGGACCCCCAUAACAAUCCCAUUCCCCAGGGCCUGGAGGCCUUCACGGUGGGCUUUGUGGUGCUGGUCAUCGGCCUGUCCAUGGGCUUCAACUCUGGCUACGCUGUCAACCCUGCCAGGGACCUGGGGCCACGCCUCUUUACCGCUCUGGCAGGCUGGGGCACCGAGGUCUUCACUGCCAACAAGUGCUGGUUCCUGGUGCCCAUCUUCGCCCCAUUCCUGGGCGCCAUCAUUGGUGUGGUGGUCUAUCAGCUGAUGGUUGGCUUUCAUCAGGAGGGAGAGGUUCGUGACCGGAAGAGCCAGGAGGAGAGAGUCAAACUGACCAACAUUAACCCAAAGGAUGCUCGAAAGGAAGAGAUGUUAUGAGCCUCAAAACCUCCAGCAUCCUCCAUCCUCCACCACUACCAAGCAUCCUAUACCCCUAAACUCAGCCUUAGUGGGGUACAGUAUGGUCUCCUUGAGGGCCGGUGGGUCCCUUUUCACUCUUAACUCUGACAGCUGUGUGUCUGUUAGUCUGCAAGGAGACAACUACAGUAUGCACACACAUUAUGGACCUCAAUCUUUCGCUAUAAUGUUGCCACAGUAUAUCUAUCUCUAGGCGUCCUUUGUCUUACAUUGUAGCUGCAUAGUGUCUUUAAGUAAGAGGGGAGAAAGUAAAGACUCAAACACAGAAUUAUAUUAAUUCAAAAUGUUUGGAAACAAUCGAAGUUUAUAGCCUAGUGUCUUUAGCUUUUCUGUUUGGACAGUAUUUUAUGUUUUAUACUAACAUAGCGUUUUAAUGAUUCCGUUGUAUUUAUAUGCUGUAGACAGAUUGUACAUGUGUCCCGAUCAAAUGAAAUGUGUACGUUUUAGUGAGUCCAUGAAUUUCAAUGUCAACCAGAGGCCUCAUGUCAUAAGAUUUUUAUACUUUUUUAAUUUUUUUUUAUUAAUUACUAAACUUAAUUUUUAAGCCCACGUUUUACCAGAAUUAUUUAUAAAAAGAUCUGUCCGUGGUUUUCUCCCUAGGAAGCGGUUGCUUCCAAGGUGCAGACACCUGUGUGUCUUUUCACACUAUAUAAACGAGUCAUCCCGCAGUGUUUGUGAUCACACCCUGAUGAAGACAGCUUGUCUGUCUCAAAGUUGGAUAUUACAUUUUUUGCAUCUGA